CGAUGAUCCCCGGCGAUCUGCUAACGCCGCGCUCCGCAGUCAUUGUCGCCACUCCGCCGUUUCAGCCGCACUCAGCUUUGUGCCCGUCCUCUGGAAAGAUGGCAACAGCAGUGAAACUGAACACCGGCUCCCAUAUGCCCAUUGUGGGACUGGGCACAUGGAAGUCUGAACCUGGUAAGGUUCAAGAUGCAGUGAAAGCAGCCAUUUCAGCGGGUUACAGGCACAUCGACGGUGCGUUCGUCUACCAGAACGAGGCAGAGGUGGGCGAGGGUGUGCGGGCAAAGAUCCAGGAAGGCGUGGUGAAGAGAGAGGAUCUUUUCAUCGUUAGCAAGCUUUGGUGCACUUUUCAUCAGAAGUCCCUGGUGAGACAAGCCUGUGAGAAAACCCUCGGUGAUCUUAAACUGGACUAUCUAGAUCUCUAUCUCGUUCACUGGCCCAUGGGUUACCAGCCUGGCCCUGAUCUUUUCCCUUUGGACAGUGACGGAGAGACAAUUGAUGACAAAAGUCACUUCCUGGAGACUUGGGAGGGAAUGGAAGAGCUGGUGGACGCCGGAUUGGUCAAAGCUAUUGGUAUCUCCAACUUCAACAAGGAGCAGAUUGAAGCCAUUCUCAACAAGCCAGGCCUCAAGUACAAACCUGCCAACAACCAGGUGGAGUGCCACCCAUACCUGACCCAGGAGAAGCUGAUCAACUACUGCCACUCUCAGGGCAUCUCGGUGACAGCCUACAGCCCCCUGGGCUCCCCUGACAGACCCUGGGCCAAACCGGAGGACCCCACACUCCUGAAUGAUCCUAACAUCAAAGUCAUCGCUGACAAGCACAAGAAGACACCUGCUCAGAUCCUGAUCCGCUUCCACGUCCAGAGAAACGUGAUCGUGAUCCCCAAGUCGAUCACGCCGCAGCGCAUUCAGGAGAACUUCCAGGUGUUUGACUUUGAGCUAAGUGAGGACGAAAUGAAGACUAUAUUAGGAUUCAACAGGAACUGGAGGGUCUGCCCGAUGCAAUGGAGCACAAAGCACAAGGACCAUCCCUUCAACGCUGAAUUCUAAAAAG